AUGUUCACUAAGACCGUCCUCGCUCUCGCCCUUGUGGCCGUAACUUUAGCUGCUCCUUCACAGCCUUCCAACGGAUAUGCUCCUCCUGCAACCUACGACGCUCCUGCCAAGUACGACUUCAACUAUGCCGUUAAGGAUGACUACUCCGGAAACGACUUCGGUCACCAGGAAGCUCGCGACGGUUACGAUACUCAGGGUUCUUACUACGUUCUCCUUCCCGACGGUCGUCUGCAGAAGGUCGCCUUCACUGUCAACGGCGACUCUGGCUACGUGGCUGAGGUCAGCUACGAGGGUGAAGCUCAGUACCCCGAGUACAAGCCCGCCCCAGCAUACAAGCCCACCCCCGCUUACAAGCCCGCCCCUGUUUACAACUCCGCCCCUGUUUACAACUCUGCUCCUGCUUAUGCUUAA